AGACAGGAUAACCGGCUUGCUAAUUUAUCCGAAGCUGUUCUUCAUGUCAGCUACGUCAUCAUUGUCUUCAUCGACUGACAAACCUGAUUGAGGCUAUUUGUCGACUUCAUUCCGUAGAGCAAGACAGGAGGAAAGAUGAUUCUGAAAGCUGCCCUGCUUGUCGCCAUGGUGAUGGUUGCCACCGCAGCAUAUGAAGCUGAUAGCGGGGAGGAUCUUAGCAAAACCUCCGAAUUCGACCAACAACAGCUCGACGACGCCGGCACUUAUCGCGACAACAUCCAGGGCAUCACCAAGCCCGCCAUCCGUCGUCUGGCUCGCCGUGGCGGCGUCAAGCGCAUCUCCGGCCUCAUCUACGAGGAGACCCGAGGCGUUCUCAAAGUCUUCCUGGAGAACGUGAUCCGCGACGCAGUGACCUACACCGAGCAUGCCAAGCGCAAGACCGUCACCGCCCUGGACGUUGUCUACGCUUUCAAACGCGAAGCUCGCAUCAAGCCAGCAGAAAAGGAUUUCGCCCAUGACUCGUAUUUCACCAAAGUCGACCUACAGGCGGUGUUGAUUGAGAUCAAAGACAGGUCGACGGAGCUGCUCAUCCGCAAGCUGCCCUUCCAGCGCCUGGUGCGGGAGAUCGCCCAAGACUUCAAGACCGACCUGCGCUUCCAGAGCUCGGCGGUCUUGGCCCUGCAGGAAGCCAGCGAGGCUUACCUGGUCGGUCUCUUCGAGGACACCAACCUGUGCGCCAUCCACGCCAAGCGUGUCACCAUCAUGCCCAAGGACAUCCAGCUCGCACGCCGCAUCCGAGGGGAACGCGCCUAA